ACAAUCGCCUUGAAUGCCUACAUCUUCGGGUACGGAGGCCACUCUCUCGUCACACCUCACACGGCUCUCAAGCAGUUAUGGUGGACAGACGAGCGCAUCGAGCGCAAGGUCACCAGGUCCUUCGUAGUCUCCAAGUUGCGUGGCGAGGAGCGACAGUUUUUGGACAAACCGCUGGCCUUCGGAGAAGGUCUGACUGACGGCACGUAUAUGGACUGGAUCCUUGAGCGGGCGAAGCGACUCUUCCUCAUCUUGACCGUCAUCGGAGUACCAGAUCAGAUCUUUGGCUGCAUCGAUGACUCUUGGGAUGAUGACGACCUUCCGUUGCCGUUGGGGAACGUGAAGUGUCUUGACCUAUCAUACGAUCAUGACGAGGCGCUGGACCGGAGAUUCUACGAUGUACAGUUUCUGUACCUACUGCGCGAGCUUCGCCCCGGCGCACACAUUGAAUAUGGGACUAACGAACACAUACCUAUGGAUCAUGCCAACACUCUGCCGCCUGCAGUAAGCUUACAACGGUGGGAUAGGGUGCACUUCCCCAGCAGGCCAGAAGAGGUUUACAUGCGACGCAAGUACCUUUUAACGGACAAAGAGACUGGCUGCAGCUAUGCUGAAGCCUUUGCUCGCGAUAUCCAACAGGCACGUGCUCUGCACCAUGAGCACAUUGCCAAUGUCUGGGCGUCGUACACGUCGCAAGAUGCAGGUUACGUGCUCUCUGAUUUCGUUGGCGAACAUACUUUGGGAACAUUCAUUGACCACAGAAUGCCCAUACAGUUCAUGCAUGUGAAGGAGAGCGACCGCCCGCGAGUGCUGUGUGAGUGGAUGCACUGUCUUGCUGACGCACUCGCAUGCCUUCAUCAUCGCGGUGUAGCGCAUGCGGCGAUCAGACCAUCAAACAUUCUGAUCGACCACGAUAACCACAUCGCUUUCGCAGACGUUGGUACGAUUCCAACAUUCCAGCGAGGAAAGAAGCCGCACAAAAGCGAGACCUACGACUAUGCCGCCCCCGAGUCACAAUUCUCCAGGCUUCCGAUUGUGGUCACGUCCAGCCCGCCACUAAGCAGCAAUACAGCCUUUAGCAAGCUAGCCAAGACCAACUCUGGUAACAGCAGCUCGUCGGCAUCGUCAGGCUGCAGUAGCACGAAAUCCAUCAACGUAUGCACUACUGCUGCGACCAGCCCGACAUCGACGCCAUUGUCUAUCGAGCUCACACCGGAGAUGUCGGACAUCUACUCGCUUGGGUGCAUCUUCCUUGAUGUCGUCACGUUCAUCCUCCGCGGCAAGCUUACCGACUUCGUCAAAUUCCGGUCUACGCGCAUGCAAUCAGUACCGCUGAGCAGCAGCGUAGGUAAGGUCCGGACAGACCACAGCUUCCACGGCAACCCGGAGAAGGUUGACGUCUGGAUUAUGCUACUGAAAGAAGAAAGUGCAGUUGUCCGAGGCGAGAUCUUCCGCGGUGUACCCGAGCUGCUAAAGCUAAUACGGAGAAUGCUGAUGCAGAAUGCUACGCUGCGACCCUCCGCAAGAACAGUUCGAGAUAGAUUGCAGGAGGUCUUGGUGGAUCAAUGUGGGAUGAACACGCUAUGUUGCGCCGGUCGCGAAUGGAUUGUACCUGCAGCGUCGGAGAGC